ACAUAAACCCAAAAAAAUAACCCAGAUCAACCAAAAGAAAAGAAAAGAGAAAAAAAGAAAUCGCCAGUUUUGAAACGUCUCCCUCUCGUUUUAAACCCGACGAGAUCGAGACCGGCGCCGACCGCCCCCAGGACCAUUUCAGCACUCUAGGGUUUGACUCCCUUUCCGAACCCCAAUCCCUUCGCCCGCUCUUCUUCUCCCAUGGAGGUGAUCCGAUUCUUCUUCCCUGUGCGGCGGCGAUAACGUCGGAGAGAGAUCGUCUUUGGGGCGGUUUCUAUUUCUUUUCUUGAUUCUUGGAUUGGAUGGCGGAGGGCAAUCCGGGCGGGAUUCCGUCCGGGCUGAACCGGAUCAGGACGCGCCGGGCGCCGUCGGAGGACCUUUCCAGCUCCGGCGGGGACGACUCGCCGGCGCCCACCGUGGAUGGCGCUGGAGGUUGCGCGUCGGCCAAGAGGGGGGCUGCCCGGCUGUUCGCCAGGAAUAAGGCUGCCGAUGUUGCGAAUCCAUGGGUGGAUGAUGGAAAAGUAUUGCGUGAUGGUAAAAAAAGCGGUCGUUGGUUCAGUUCUUAUCUAAGCACCAAGGAUUCUGAUAAAGCUUCUUCUAGAACUCACAACUCUGAGGUCAACAGGGCACUGGCUAAACUGCUGAAGAAGAAGAAGAAUAUUGCAGCAGCCAAAUAUUCCGUGGAUCAAAGAGAUCUCACUGGAAGGCCAUCAAUACCAGAAAGCAGUUCGGCUAAAAAAGCAUCAAAAGGCCAAAAAAGCUUUUCACAUGAACUGGGACCUAUAGGUGGUAUUAGACCUGACAAUCUCCGAGCCCGCAGUUAUAGUGAUUUGAGGGAACUUUUGGGAUCGUUACAUUCAAAGUUUGAUGCUGCUAAAGAAGCGGUGAAUGCAGAGCUGGCUGCUUUUGCACGGGAAAUGGAUGCCAUUGAGAAGGAUUCUGUAUCAGAAGUACAAGAAAUAGCUGAAGAUUUACUGAUUCUCUCGCAGCAGUGCAUAGAGAUGACCUCUUCUCAUUUCCGGGAAAACUGUGAGAGAAUAGUUCAGGACCUUGCCGAUAGGAGGCAGAAGUGCCAAGCAGGCAUUGUGAAGCAACUUAUAACACGCAUGCUCUUCAUCUUGACACGCUGCACCAGGCUGUUGCAGUUCCAGAAAGAUAGUGGACAAAUGUAUGAGGACUCUCUUGAUAGAUUCAAGCAGUGUCUAGAACGUGUUCCUGCUGUUGAAAUGAAAUGGAUUUCCAAGCAUGACCAUGCUGACCUAGGUUUGGAUGGCCUAGUGAAACAUCCUUCAGAGGAGCAUAGUGAGAUUUCCACCCGUAUGAGUCAGAGAUUCACUGUAGAAUCUGAUGCUUGCAGUUUCAGUUAUCCCGUAAGUAGAAAAGUCUUAACCUCCAGUCAUGAGGAUGUUGUUUCACAACAUCAUGGAUUAGAUGGCAGUCUUCCGGAAGAGCUGUUGCAUGAGUCCAGCUGUGAUUCACUUCAAGAAAGAGAAGAAUGUUCUGAAGGGCUAGAUACAGUAAUUUGCAGGAUAUGUGAGGAGAAUGUUCCAGCUUCUCAUUUGGAAUCUCAUUCCUAUAUAUGUGCUUAUGCUGACAAGUGUGAUUUAGAAGGUUUUGAUGUGGACGAAAGACUACUGAAAAUUGCAGAGAUACUAGAACAGAUUGUGGAGUCUUACAAUCAGAGUAACCGUGCAUCAUGUAGCAGUCCUGAGAUUUCGAGGGUACAAAGUGCUAACUCAGUCAUGGGAUCUGAAUGCCAUUCUCCUAGAGUACAAGAGUGGCACAGCAAAGGUACAGAAGGGAUGUUUGAAGAUCUUCACGAGAUGGAUACUGCUUGCAUAGAUGAUUCUCAUGUGGCAACUUCUAAUAAUUUGAAGAUUCUUUUGGCAAUGAAGAUUGGAGCUUGUCAUCAUACUUCUUCCAAUGGUAGUAUGACACCAGCUUCCUCGACAACCACUCCUAGAUCAAGCCACUUUGAUUUAUAUUGGUUGGAGCACAACAACCCUUCUGAGCAUGAGGAUGUAAAUCAGAUGAAUGAAAUUGCUGAUAUAGCUCGUAAGGUUGCAAGCUGUGAUCUUGCAAAUGAAGGGGCUUCUGAGCUCUUGAACAAGUGCUUGCAUGAAAUACUGGACAUUCUGCAACAUAGCCAGCUCAAGGCUUUGAUAAUAGAUACAUUUGGAAGCCGUAUAAAAAAAUUACUUAAAGAGAAAUUUCUACUGGCCAUUGAACUAAGGGAUAAAAAAAGAUUUAAAAGCAUUAUUCAACCUGAAGACAUCAGAGAACCUUCUACGUCAAAUGCAGCUCAGUGUACGACCCCAGCUCCUUUACAUCCCAUGCACAAAGAGAGGACGAGUAUUGAUGAUUUUGAUAUCAUCAAACCAAUCAGCAGAGGGGCCUUUGGUAAGGUUUUUCUUGCUCGAAAGCGGACAACAGGAGAUCUAUUUGCAAUAAAGGUACUUAAGAAAUUGGAUAUGAUACGGAAAAACGAUGUUGAACGCAUAUUGGCUGAACGUAAUAUUCUAAUAACAGUCAGAAAUCCAUUUGUGGUCCGUUUCUUUUACUCCUUCACCUGCAGAGACAACCUUUAUUUGGUCAUGGAAUAUCUCAAUGGAGGUGAUCUAUAUUCCCUGCUUAGAAAAGUUGGUUGCUUGGAGGAAGAUGUAGCUCGCAUUUAUGUUGCUGAACUGGUUCUUGCAUUGGAAUAUCUUCAUUCCCUGGGAAUUAUUCAUCGUGAUCUGAAGCCAGACAACAUACUGAUAGCUCGCGAUGGGCACAUAAAGCAGCUUACAGACUUUGGAUUAUCAAAAAUUGGUCUGAUCAAUAGUGCGAUGGACUUGUCUGCAUCUGGGACAACCGAUUCCAUUCUAUUAGAUGGCCAGCAUCAGCAUGCUUUUUCUGCAAAUACUCUCCAAAGAGUAAAGAGAAGCCGGCGUUCUGCUGUUGGGACACCUGACUAUUUGGCACCUGAAAUUCUUCUUGGAACUGCACAUGGCUAUGCUGCAGACUGGUGGUCUGUGGGGAUUAUCUUGUUCGAGUUCAUAACAGGGAUCCCACCAUUCACAGCUAGGCUUCCUGAGAUGAUCUUUGAGAACAUAUUAAACAGGAAAAUUCCCUGGCCUCAUGUUCCUGAUGACAUGUCAUAUGAAGCCAAAGACUUGAUCGACAGGUUACUUGUUCAAGAUCCAGACUUGCGCCUUGGUGCUAAUGGGGCAUCAGAGGUAAAAGCUCAUCCUUUCUUCAAGGAGAUUAACUGGGACAAUUUUUCCUCGCAAAAGGCUGCCUUCAUUCCAAACCCUGAUAGUGCAGAUGAUACAAGCUAUUUCAUGUCACGAUAUUCGCAAAGUUCUUGCCAGAUUCCAGUCAACAAAGACUCCAGUGAUUGUGCCUCCGUUGAAACUAUCUCUAGCCCAGAAACUGGCCCUGAAACAAGUACGGACGAAUAUAGUGAACUGAAGGAGUUUGACUCCCGAACCUCUGUGGAUCUUUCUUCAAUCAAUUUCUCUUUCAAGAAUCUAUCACAAUUGGCAUCCAUGAAUUAUGAUGUCCUCUUACAAAGUGGAAAAACAAAAUGUUCAUCCCCACACAGGUAUCCUCGCUCUUAGUUUAAAACAUAGGUAUGAAAUGGCCAUGUUUUAAUAGAGUGUAGGAGUUUCUACUCUUCAUACGGGCCAAGAUCGCCGUGCAUAUUAUUACUUGGUUGAUAGCCUGGAAUGUAAAUAUCACUAGUGCUAUGCAUGAUAAUUUGAGCAUGCUCCCUGGAAAUCUAUUUUAAGAAAAUGUACAGGAAGCACGAAUACCCAAGAUGUUUUGUGCUUUCUUUUUUUUUUCUUUUUUUUUCUUUUGCCUUUGAGAAAUAAUCCACGUCAGUGAUAGCUUUUUAUUUUUUAUUUUCCAAGAGGAAAAAAGGAAAGAAAUAUUGAAAAUCGGUGGUUCA